GCUCCCCCGAGUGUCACCCCCUUCCAGGGAGGGGGGUCCUGGUGCUGGAUGCCCACUCCAGGCCUGGUGGGUGUGACGCUGCUCCCUCCAUCCCUCCCCCAUUCCCUGGGAAUGGUCCCCAUCACCGUGUCCCCACUGGUCUCCCAGGGGAGCAGGAUGGACCCUACCCAGCCAAGGGAUGGGGAAACUGAGGCAGGCACUGGCUGCUCGCCCAAUUCCCUCUGUCCCGAGGUGAUUUGGAGCCUCAGCCCGCAUCCUGGGGCGCUGCAGUGCCUGGCAUGUCCGGCAGGGAAGGGGUGCGGGUGGGUCGGGUGAGGAAAUGGGAGAGACCUGGCUGGAGUCCCGCUCUCCUCCUCCCACAGCCCCACCUCCCCGGCCGGCUUAACAUCCCAUGGGCCAGCCCGGGGCCACCAUUCCGUGCCCACCGCUGUCCCCACGCCGAACUCCCGGCCGGGCCAGCCUCGGGGCCACCGUGCCGUCCCCAUCCCCGUGCCCGUCCCCGCGAUGCUGCGGCUGCUGCUGCUCUGCGGGGCCCUGGGCUGCGGGGCGGAGCAGGCGGCCCCGCUCACCUUCACCAUGGUGCACUACACCCGCGUCUUCGAAGGCAAUUCCCUCUUCUGGGGGAACGCCAGCCUGGAUGGGCGGCUCAGCCACGUGCUGGAGGGGCACAAUGUCACCCAGGUGCUGCCGCUGGAGCCGCCCGACGCCUGGGCCCAGCGGCAGAAGGACGUGACCUCCUACCUCAGCAACUUCAGCAACCUGGUGAAGCUCUUCUACAAGGAGAGACCCAUGGACUACACCCAGAGGCUCUGCUGCCACCUCGGCUGCCGCCUCUUCCCCAACGGCACAUCCCACAGCUUCUACGAGGUGACCCUCAACGGGACGGCCUUCCUGAGCUUCCACGUCCCCAACGCCACCUGGCAGCGGCGCUGGCCCGGCCAGCACCAGGUGGCCACCUUUGCCAAGACGGAGCUGAUGAAGUACCCCAUAACCACACAGCACCUGCAGCACUUCCUCAACACCACCUGUGUCAGCAUCCUGCAGGCUCAGAGCGCCAGGACAGGAAAACUCAGCGUGCGGUCGCGCGCUCCGCUGGUGCUGGGGCUGAUCCUGGGGACCCUCUGCUUGCUGGGCAUGGCCGUGGGGAUCUUCUGGUGCACGGGAGGGAGCUGCUAACGGAGCUGGCAGCUGUCCUGCAUCACCCCAUGGACACAGGGGAUGGACCCAUCAUCUCCCUGUGGAUCCAUCAUCUCCCUGUGGAGGCAGAGAAUGGACCCAUCACCUUCCCAUGGAUCCAUCAUCACCCUGUGGAGGCAGGGGACAGACCCAUCACCUCCCCAUGGACAUGGCAAGGGAUGGAUCCAUCAUAUCCCCAUGGAUCCAGCAUCACCCUGGGGAGGCAGGGGCUGGAUCCAUCAUCACUCCGUGAAUCCAUUGACCAAGCUGCUCCCCUACAAGGGAUGCACGUCCCCAGUGCCACGGGCUUUGCUCCCAAGGGACACCAGUGGCUUCCCUGCCCUGUCCCAGCUGGACUGACGCCCCCAGCAGCCCCUGCCCCGGGGAUGCUCCCCACGCUGGGCUGGCACAGUGUACUGAGACUGCACAGAAACACGCCUGGCACGGAUGGAAAAAUGGGGAAGAUGGGGGUGGUGGGGAAACCAGCAGGAGAAACAGCCAAGGAGUGGUUAAAAGGAUGGAGUUAAACCCUCAUCUAUCCCUGUUCCACAGGGGUGGAGGGAAGAUGUCACACCUUGUGUAAUAAAAGCACCCAUCAACUCCCACCACA